AUGGACAAUGAAUUCGAAAAGAAAUCCAUUCGUGAAAACUUUCUUGAAAGGCGAAGAUGUGCAAUGCAGGUGUCAACUCUCAACGCUGCCAGCAAAGUUGUCGCUGCGGACAUGCGCAAAGGACAAAACGAAAUGCGACGGCGGCUCCAGAAAUACAGAGACAGACAAAGGGAGAUAAGCGAGAAGAAAGACGGUCCAUUGACCAUCACUAUGGAAGAAUUUCUAGAAAGACAAAUGAGACUACAGAAGUUAAAAACGUCAAUAACCUGCCGACCGCUUUCAUCACCCCUAAUUCAACGUAUGAGUAAAUUAAUAAACGAAGCAGAACUGGACAAAGAUGCUGAAGAGUUCAACAUGGACGCUUUCACGGACAGGCGGCGGGCUAAGAUUGACCUUCGACCCAGCACCGCGGUCACGUGUCCGUCUAGGCUGAGCAGCCGUGAGCAGACGAAACGUGGUGCGAGCAUAUCAACGGGCCAGAAAGAAGUUCGUUAUUACGAAGAUGAGGAAAUACGGGAUCGAGCAACCUUUUACUCACAGCUGCUGCAGCUAAGGAAAAAACAAGAACAUGACCGUUUUCAUGAAAUAUCGAGUAAGGUGGACACGUUUUGUGGAAAACACCACCACACCGAAUGUGAAGAAACGUGGCGUCCAAUGGGCGAGGCUUUACUUACGAGUACGAAAUACAACAAAUCAUGGGUAAAACCCAUUUCUCGACCUCCUGGGUCUCGACCCUUAUCUGGUAGUAACAUUGGCACCCACCGGCCCCGUAGGGUCAGCUCUGUCCCUCCCACGAGGACUGCAUGGACUGACCAUUACACGAUACCUAAACUGCGAUCAGAGUAUGAAUACUAG